CCUGUAAACAACAACGAUGGCAUUUUCUGCUGUCUUGUGUCCAGGCUUUGUUUGGUUUCUAUACCUCUUUACCUUCCUUUGCAGCCUACCACUAGCCAUCUGCAAUGAAACUGAAAAUGAUAGACAAGCUCUCCUCUGCUUCAAGUCCCGGUUCUCGGGUCCAGCAGGAGUUUUAGCUUCAUGGAGCAACACGUCCCUGGAAGUUUGCGACUGGCAUGGGAUCACGUGCAGCACGGUGUCCCCUCAUCGUGUGAUUGAGCUGCACCUGGAGUCAGAAGGCAUCUCAGGCCCCAUAGCGCCUUGCCUUGCCAACCUGACCUCUCUUGCAAGGCUUCACCUGUCAAACAAUAGCUUCAAUGGGGGCAUACCGUCGGAGCUUGGCCUCCUGAGCCAGCUCCAUGACCUCAACCUCAGCAUGAACACUUUGGAAGGUAACAUACCACCGUCUUUGGGCAGCAGCCGUUCUCUUACAUAUGUCGAUCUUGGGGUGAAUGCUCUGACAGGGGUCAUCCCGGAGUCCCUAGCAAAUAGUUCGUCCCUCCAAGUACUUUGGCUCAUGAGCAAUAGGCUUAGUGGAAAACUACCAAAAGCUCUCUUCAACACAUCAUCUCUUCUUGACAUUUCCCUCCAAAAGAACAACCUUGUUGGCUCUAUACCUGUUGUUACUGCCACCUCCCCGCCUAUUCAAUACCUCGAUUUAAGGUAUAAUCAUAUCUCAGGAAAAAUACCUUCCUCGCUAGGGAACCUUUCCUCCCUCAUCGAACUUCGUCUUACAGAAAAUAAUUUAGUAGGGCGUAUACCAGACAGCUUAGGUCAUAUCUCAACACUGGAGAUACUGACCUUAAAUGUGAAUAACUUGUCUGGGACAGUUCCACCAUCUCUCUUCAAUAUGUCAUCACUGACAUUUCUUGGAGUAGCAAACAACUCGCUUGUUGGAAGGUUACCCUCCAAUAUUGGCUACACACUCCCGAGAAUUCAGGCAUUAGUCCUCUCAACAAACAUGUUUGAUGGCCCAAUCCCAGCUUCUCUUCCCAAAGCUUACAACCUUCGUCAGCUUUACCUGUAUAAUAACAGCCUAACUGGGCUUAUACCCUUCUUUGGGUCAUUGCCAAAUUUGGAGGAACUUGAUUUGUCGUACAACAAGCUAGAAGCAGGAAACUGGGAAUUUGUCUCUUCACUCACAAAUUGUACCAGGUUGACUAUGCUGAUGUUAGUUGGGAACAAUCUUCAAGGCGAAAUGCCAAGUUCGAUAGGCAAUCUUUCUGAUAGUCUCGAGUGGCUGUGGCUAAGGGAAAACCAAAUUUCUGGGCCUAUACCACCGGAGAUUGGAAAUCUUAAGAGCCUCAGCAGGUUGUACAUGGAUUACAAUCUUAUCACUGGAAAUAUACCACCAACAAUUGGCAAUUUGCACAGCUUGGUCCAUCUAUCCUUUGCACAAAACAGACUUUCAGGGCAAAUCCCGGAUACCAUUGGUAAUUUGGUUCAGCUAAAAUCUCUGAAGUUGGAUAGGAACAACAUUAGCGGAAGAAUACCUGAAAGUAUAGGACGUUGUACUCAACUCCAAAUACUCAACCUUGCUCACAACUCACUAGAUGGGAAUAUACCAAGUGAAAUCUUCAAAAUUUCUUCGCUUUCUGAAGAGUUGGACUUGUCACACAAUUACCUAUCUGGGGGAGUACCAGUGGAAGUUGGCAAUCUCAUUAAUGUGAAUAAAAUUAGCAUAUCAGAUAACAGGUUGUCUGGCAACAUCCCAUCCACUCUUGGCCAGUGUGUGGUUCUAGAGUACUUGGAUAUUUCUCAUAACAAUUUGUCUGGAAAGAUUCCACAGUUCCUCACAUCCUUAAGUUCCCUGCAAAAUCUCAACUUAUCCUUCAACAAUUUUGAUGGGGCGGUUCCAACAGGUGGUAUUUUUUACAAUGCUAGUGGAGUGUCGAUUGAAGGAAAUGAUGAUUUGUGUACCAGCAUUCCAACAGGAGGUAUACCUCUUUGUUCCACACUAGUUGAAAAGAAAGGAAAACAAAAUUCAUCGGCUCUAGUCCUACGGAUAGCAGUUCCAACAGUUGCUGUUGUUAUAUUAAUUUUGUCAUGUCUUGCAACAAUAUACUGGAGGAAGAGGAUGCAAGAAAAUCCACAUUUGCAGGAAUUUGAUGAGCAUAUGAAGAAGAUAUCAUAUGAAGACAUUGUAAGGUCAACAAAUAGGUUUUCUCCAGCUAACCUAAUUGGAUCAGGAUCAUUUGGAGUGGUUUACAAGGGCAGUUUGAAGCUUCAGAAAGAUCAAGUUGCCAUCAAGAUUUUCAACCUUAACAAUUAUGGAGCAAAUAGGAGUUUUAUUGCAGAGUGUGAAGCCCUGCGAAAUGUCCGUCAUCGAAAUCUUGUAAAGAUCAUCACAUCAUGUUCUUCUGUGGAUUCUACUGGGGCAGAUUUCAAGGCCCUAGUGUUCCAAUACAUGCCGAAUGGGAACCUAGAAAUGUGGCUACAUCCUGAAGACCUUGAACAUGGUGAGAGACAUAUCCUGACUUUAAGACAAAGGAUAAAUAUUGGCUUGGAUGUAGCAUUUGCUUUGGAUUAUCUUCAUAACCAAUGUGCAUCUCCAUUGAUACAUUGUGACCUAAAGCCAAGCAAUAUUCUUUUGGAUCUUGACAUGGUUGCGUAUGUCACCGACUUUGGCCUGUCAAGGUUUGUAUUCACCGCGUCAAAUGCAUACAAAGAUAGUUCAACAAGUCUGGCCUGCCUAAAAGGAUCCAUCGGAUACAUCCCACCAGAGUAUGGCAUGAGCGAAGAGAUAUCAACCAAGGGUGAUGUCUACAGUUUUGGGGUGCUUCUGUUACAAAUGAUAACAGGGCGAAGUCCAACUGACGGAAAGUUCAGCGAUGGUGCAAGCCUUCACGAAUUUGUUCGUAGAGCAUUUCCAGAUAAUAUAUGUGAGAUUGUUGAUCCAACAAUGCUACAACAUGACAGCAACGCACCGGAAGUGAUGAAGAACUGUGUCAUUCCAAUGGUUAAAAUAGGCCUCUCCUGCUCCAUGACAUCGCCCAAAGAACGGCCGGACAUGGGACAUGUUUCUGCCGAGAUCCUUAGAAUCAAGCAUCUGGCCUCACACAUGGAUGUCAGAUGAAGCAAAGGAUCUGCAGGAUUGUAGCUAACGACAUGAAUUCAUGUCAAAAAGAAUGAUGGUGCAAUAUCUUAUAUAUGACUUUUCCAUUUGUUAGUUCAAGUUAGUGAUACUUGCAGACUGUACCCUUCUCUUUUGCCAUAGCAUUUCUGUUCACAUUGUU